AUUUUGUUUAAUGGAUACUUAAACAAUAGAAGAUCCUUUUAUUUCUCCAUGUAAUCGUAAAGGAACCUGUUAAUUUGUACAUUUCAGUAGUAUGAAUCAGAUGCUAAUUUAAAAAAUUUAAUGAGCUUUGUGAAUCAUUAUUGCCUUUGAAAAUAAAGAUGGAUAAUAGAGAAUUUUAUUUAGAUGUAAUAUAACGUCCAUCAACACCUUAUUUGAUAAUUUAAUCAAGACAUAAGAAGCAGAAGAAGUAAGAAAAAGCAGUUUUAGUUAUAUCAUUUUAAAAUGCUGAACCUAUUAAAAUAGUAUAGUUCUAAUAUAUUAUAUAGGGAAGAGGUCAUUAAUGUGAUAUAUAAAUCUCAGACAUUUCAGUAUCCAGAUUGCAUGCUUAUAUCAAAUAUUAAGAUGGACUUUUAUCAUUUUUGAUAAUAAAAGUAAAUUUGGACCUCUAGGCAAAUUAAUUCAAUCGUAUCAAAUUGAAUAACAAAAAGUAGACAUCUAAGUAAUACUAUUUAAUAUAAAAGGUUGGACGAACAGUCUUGA